AUGUACGUGGAUUUCUAUGGGGGUUCAUGGGGUUGCUUCACGGGCUUCACGGGCUUCACAGGCUUCACGGGCUUUACGGGCUUCACGGGCUUCACGGGCUUCACGGGCUUCACGGGCUUCACGGGCUUCACGGGCUUCACGGGCUUCACGGGCUUCACGGGCUUCACGGGCUUCACGGGCUUCACGGGCUUCACGGGCUUCACGGGCUUCACGGGCUUCACGGGCUUCACGGGCUUCACGGGCUUCACGGGCUUCACGGGCUUCACGGGCUUCACGGGCUUCACGGGCUAG